AUGAAGGCCCCUCUACUGAUCCUGGCAGGCAGUACUACCUUCACCACGGCCAACAUCGUCUUUAACUUCGUCCAGUCAAACUGUGACCACACGCAAGUCGACUUCACCGGCUGUCUCCGUGGUCAAACAUGCCUUGAGAACAACACUUGCGUGCCUUCCGAAUCCGUAAUUCCAACCAUCCGCUACCGCGAUACCACCCCGCCACGCUCAGACGGCCGCUGCGGCUCAGCCUUUGACGGAGCGACUUGCGACCCCAAUGCGGCUUAUGGCGGGUGCUGCUCGGAGGCUGGAUGGUGCGGCACCACUUCCGAGCACUGCUUACUGAGCAAUGGCUGCCAAAGUGGAUGCACAGAUGCCGCAUCAACGUUGCCAACAAGCACUGGCACUCCGCCGACAUCUGCUGCUCAGCCAAAUUCUGUGAACGUCGGUACGCUCAACAGUGAGCCAGUCAUUGCUCCCACGAAGACUGCUGGCGCUCAACCGAGUGGUGCUGCAACGACGGACGGUACGUGCGGAGCCACCAAUUCGAACACGAUCUGCGGCAACUGGCCGUUCGGAGGGUGCUGCUCAAUGUACGGCUAUUGUGGGAAUACUGCAGCACACUGUGGCGCUGGAUGCCAGAGCGGACCUUGUCUCCAGGCUCCAGUAGCCCCCGUGCCUAAUGCAUCUCCGGCACCGAUGAAUGCGAACCCAGGCUCGUUCAACAUCGUCGGUCAGUCCGGUGUACCUGCAAUGCACGCUGCGGUGCUCCCGAACGGGCGUGUAGUCUUUCUAGACAAGAUCGAGGAUUACACGCAGGUGAAGCUUCCCAACAGCCAGUACGCCUACUCGAGCGAGUAUGAUCCGGUCACCAAUACAUACGUCCCUCUGGCGUAUGAGAGCAAUGCCUUCUGCUCGGGCGGCUCGUUCCUGGCUAACGGCACCCUUCUCAACAUCGGCGGCAACGCGAACCUCAGCUGGCUCGACCCAACAGUCGGCGAUGGCUGGCAAGCAAUCCGUUACCUGUCUCGCUCAUUGACAGAUGCCUCCCUCGACGGCCAGUCGUGGAAUGAGCCGGGCAACAAGCUCAACAGUGCCAGAUGGUAUCCCACCGCUCAAACGCUGGCAGACGGUAGGAUCUUUGUCGCAUCCGGCUCGCUCAAUGGCCUCGAUCCUACAGUCCUGAAGAACAACAACCCGACGUACGAGAUCUUGAGCGCAGGGGGCGAGUCCGAGAGCGUCAAAGCGCAGCCAUACUUCAUGUACCCCUUCAUCCACCUUCUGCGCGACGGCACGCUCUUCGUCUUCACCUCGAAGAGCUCUGUUAGGUUCAACGCAGCGAGCAAUAACCAAGUCACAAGCUAUCCAGACCUGCCCGGCGACUACCGCACGUACCCCAACACCGGCGGCUCCGUCCUCCUCCCCCUCUCGUCCGCCAACGAGUGGACAUCUGACAUCAUAACCUGCGGCGGCGGCGCGUACCAAGACAUCACCUCACCCACGGACCCUAGCUGUGGACGCAUGAGCCCCUUGGGAGCCGCUCCGGAAUGGGAGAUGGACAGUAUGCCCUCCGGUCGUGGCAUGGUCGAAGGUAUAUUACUGCCAGAUGGCACAGUGCUUUGGCUCAACGGCGCGCAGAAAGGAGCUGAAGGCUUCAAUCUUGCCACCGACCCUGCUCUUGAGAUGUUGAUUUAUGAUCCGGAUCAGCCGCUGGGAAGGAGGUGGACGACAGGCGCUGGUUCUACGAUUCCAAGACUGUACCAUUCAGUUGCCCUGUUGUUGCUCGAUGGAACGGUGUUGGUGGCGGGCAGUAAUCCGGAUCAGAUGCCUGUUGUCGCUCCCGUGGUUGAUCCGCAGGGGUUCAACACCGAGUUCAGGGUCGAAAUCUAUACGCCUCCGUACCUGAGUGGUGCCAACGCAGACCGGAGACCUACGGACAUCACGUUGUCGACAACCAAGCUUACAGCGGAUGCUUCGAAGUUCCAGAUCAGCUUCACCGCUCCGGCCGGCGCACAAGCCGUGAAGGUUGCGUUAUAUCACGGCGGUUUCGUAACGCACGCGGUACAUAUGUCGCAGAGGAUGCUCUUCCUCGACUCGACGGGCUGGCAGGCGAGUAGUACGAAGCAGAUUCUGACCGUGACCAGCCCGCCAGAUAACAACGUGGCGCCACCGGGUCCGUACGUGGUGUAUGUGGUCGUGGAUGGAGUGCCUGGUGUCGGACAGUUUGUCAUGAUGGCGUAG